UCAAACGGUGUGUAUGCGUAAGCAGUCAAGUAGUCACACACAAAGAUCGCGGCGUGGAGAAAAGUAAAAUUUAACACUCAAAAGGUGAAAAACGCAAUGUGUUUUGAAAAUUACAUAAAGAGUUGUUUGUAAAAAAGUGUAUCGUUGUAAUUUGAUAUGAAAUUGUGUAAAACUAAUAUACAUUUAAUGGUAAUCAAUUUCCACAAUGCAUUGGUUGGUUGACCUACGAUAGUGUUGGUCUAAAAUGGCGUCGAACUUGAUGGAAAGUUAAAUGGCGUCCCAUUAAGAAGAACGGCGAAAAGUACACAUUGUAUAAAACAAAAAGCAAGUUCUAAUACAUUAUUUUUCACGUUUCCAGUGCAUGUGUCUAUAUUAUACAUUGUAAUUGAAAGAAAAAAAGAAAGUUUUUACGGUAUUUCGAAAUAUGGUGCAAUAUUUGUAAGCAAAAAAGUGUAAAAGCAAGCAGAAGGGUAAAGGAGGAAGGAGAUAACGAGAAUUGUAAAAAUCAAAUGACUCGGUAAUCACAAUAGUUCGCUUCGUCCCAUUCGGCGUAGUGUGUGUAUUUGUGCCUCGUAUAUUUUUGAAAAGCGAUGGUAGUAGUAAAAGUGAACAAAAAAGAAUAGCGAAAAUUAAAUCCGAAGUGCACUGAACGAAUAAACGCGCGCGCGCAUUCUACAUUCUACGUACUAAAGUCUAUGACGUAUGAAUUUGGAAUUCUUCUGGAGCGAUAAUGCUAAGUAUGUGGAAUCGAAGAAAAUCCAAAGAGCGCAACAACAAAACAACUGAAUAAGGAGAACGGCUGGAGUGCUGAGAAAUAUUUGUUUAUAGUGCCAGUGGUAAAUCUGCUUUCUUCGGUAGUAAAGCACAAAUAACUAAAAAAUCGCACGCCACGUUUACUUCAACAGUGCGUGUUUACCUUGCGGCAUUGUCAUCACCCAUUGUCGCCUCCGUCAUCGUUAGCUUUACUUUUACGGUAUCGUAUCAACUCUGUUUGUUGGUCUUGCAUUUUUGUAUAGCAUUCCCCCGUACCGUACCGUUCCGUUCGUUUAAUCGUUGGUUUGAAUGCCUACACAUCGUUUGUGUUGUUGUUAGCCAACUUCGCUUUUAUUUUAGCGUUUUUCGUUUUUUUUGUGAUCUGUGUUUAUUUGAAAAAGCCUCACCACGAAUUACCUGUCGUUUUCGUCGUCGCGGCGAUCAACUGUAGUCGCAACAAGUGGUGGCAAAACGCCGGCCAUAAAUACCACCGCAUUGGCCACUUCAGCAGGAUCUGCCUCUGCGUCGUCAAGUGUCUCUUCAUCCUCGUCGGCGCUUGGAUUGUUGAGUUCGAGUAUUGUAGCCACCUUUUCGAAUCCAUUCAGCAGCAGUAGUAGUAGUAGCAAUAACGGCAACAACAACAACAAUAACAACAGCAACAGUUUUAAUAAUAGUAGCAGCAACACUGCCUACUCAACAACAGCAACAACAACAGAUCCCUCAAUAGAAACUAUAAACCCUACAACAUUGCCUCCCACAUAUUACAAUAUAAGUCUACAACAGCAACAACAACAGCAGCAACAUCAAGAUUAUCAACAACAUCGUUUUGCUACCAAUACUUACUUUCCCAGCAACACUAACACUACUGGCAGCAUACACGCAAUGGCUGCUAGUGGCACAGCUGCACCGAACAGCAGCACAGCUGCGCUCGGCACCUCGCCCACAUAUGAACCGCUCGGGGGUGGUCAACAUACGACUAUAGUGAAAGAAGGUUGGCUACAGAAGCGCGGCGAACAUAUAAAAACCUGGCGUUCACGUUAUUUCGUACUGCGCGACGAUGGCACAUUGAUGGGCUAUAAAAGCCCACCGGUUAAUAAUGCCACCGCGGAUCCAUUAAACAAAUUCACAGUACGAGGCUGUCAAAUUAUGACAGUCGAUAGACCUAAACCGUUCACCUUUAUUAUUCGUGGUCUACAAUGGACGAAUGUGAUCGAGCGCACAUUUUGUGUGGAAAGGGAGAUCGAAAGGCAACAGUGGACCGAUGCUAUCAGAAACGUAGCGAGUCGCCUGAGUGAGUUGGGCGAGACGGCCAUGUCGCCUUCGACCUCAACAGAUAUGUCUGAUGUGGAUAUGGCGUCUAUUGCCGAAGUGGAACUGCGUAACAGUUUCUCUGUGCAGGGCACAACGAAGCGCAACAGCGGUGGCGUUAAGAAAGUCACCCUUGAAAAUUUCGAGUUCUUAAAAGUGCUUGGCAAGGGUACUUUUGGCAAAGUGAUUCUGUGUCGUGAAAAGGCCACCGCAAAACUGUAUGCAAUUAAAAUUCUCAAAAAGGAGGUUAUCAUACAAAGGGAUGAAAUCGCGCACACUAUCACAGAGAGCCGUGUGUUACAGACUACGAAUCAUCCCUUCCUAAUUUCACUUAAAUAUUCAUUUCAAACCAACGAUCGUCUGUGCUUUGUGAUGCAAUACGUCAACGGCGGUGAACUUUUCUUUCACUUGAGCCGUGAACGUCUUUUCACCGAGGAUCGUACGCGAUUCUAUGGUGCCGAGAUAAUUUCCGCUUUGGGUUAUUUACAUUCUCAAGGCAUUAUAUAUCGUGAUUUAAAAUUAGAGAAUCUGUUGUUGGACAAAGAUGGCCACAUUAAGAUUGCCGACUUUGGGCUGUGUAAAGAGGAUAUCACCUUUGGCCGUACUACGAAGACGUUCUGCGGUACGCCCGAAUAUCUGGCGCCUGAAGUAUUAGAGGACAACGAUUACGGGCAUGCAGUCGAUUGGUGGGGUACUGGUGUCGUCAUGUAUGAGAUGAUAUGUGGACGUCUUCCUUUCUUUAAUCAAGAUCAUGAUGUGCUAUUCGCACUUAUCUUAAUGGAGGAAGUGAGAUUCCCCCGCACAAUAACUGAUGAGGCGCGUAGUUUACUUGCCGGCCUAUUGGCUAAGGAUCCAAUCCAUCGUCUUGGUGGUGGGCAAGAUGAUGUCAAAGAGAUACAAGCGCAUCCCUUCUUUGCGAGUAUUAAUUGGACGGAUUUAGUGAAUAAAAGGAUAACACCGCCUUUUAAACCACAAGUAGUAUCCGAUACAGAUACUCGUUAUUUCGAUACAGAGUUUACAGGAGAAAGUGUAGAAUUGACACCGCCAGAUCCUGCUGGUACAUUGGGUUCGAUAGCAGAAGAGCCACUUUUCGCGCAGUUCAGCUAUCAGGAUAUGGCAUCCACAUUAGGUAAUUCAUCGCACAUCAGCAGCUCGGCUGGCCUUGCAUCGAUGCAAUAGAAUCGAAUAAAAUGUGAAUGAUGUUGCGAUCGGCAACAACGUCAACAAUAUAAUAUUGAUCGUCCUUAUGAUCAUUACUGCCAUCAUCGUCAUCAGCACCAUCGUCAUCGUUAUUGUGAGAAACAACAAAAACAACAGCAACUACAUCAACAACAAAUCAAAUACCAGCAACAACAGAAAAAACAAAUAAAGAAGCAGCAGCAGCAGCCGAAAUUUCAAUCGAAACUACAUAAAUAUCCUACAACGCCGCAGCAGUUGCUGCAAUCACAGUCACAGUCACCGCCACAGCGUACACGCCUGCAUGCUGCUAUACUAUCGCAAUGCAUUAGCAACUAUAUUUUUGGUGUUAGUCAAGUUAGUAAGGUUUUCUAAACUACAGCAUCUGUAUGUUUUCUGGCUUCUGCCGUCGCUCUAGGUGCCCCCUAUUACUGCUAAUCCUGCUGCUGGUCCUUUUGCCCCGUUGUGAGUGCAAACACUUUGGCGGAUGGGGCGACUUAAAAGAGCUGAAUGAGCAACAGUUUAUUGCAUGCAUACGCAUCGACACAUACCAUUCCGCCCGGACGACGAUUUUGUCUGCACCGUGAACGGUUGCGGCGGUGGCUGCAGCGACGCAGAAAAGCUUACUUACUGCGGCAGGAACAACUACACAAAACUAGCAAAGUAGCAGAAUAGCAAUGGCAGUAGUGGACGUAAUGGCGCGCACAGCCGUAUCAGCAACUACAACAACAAAAAACAGCAUAAAUAAAUAUUAAUAAUAAUAAUGAUAAUACAGAAUAAUAAUAAAAUUUAAAAGUAAACGUAAUAAUUAAAGUAAAUAAAAAUUUAAACCGCUAAAUUACAUAUACAUACAUACGUACAUAUAUAUAUAAAUAAAUAAAUAAAUACAUACAUAUAGUGAACAGCAACAAUUACUGCUACAACUACCAAUAUUAGUACAUACUGCAACUACAACAACUACUAUUAAAUAAAAAAUAAUAAAAAGGCAACAAAUAAACAAGCGUAAUUUAUUUUUUACACUACGGUUACAAUUGCAACUACAUAUAAAUAAUAAUAUUAAAAACAAAAGCAAAAACAGAGUAUAACAGAAGCAACAAAAACAUUACGGAAAAUAAUAAGUACUACAAUUUAUUAUUAUUAUAUAUAUAUAAAUAAAAAAUAACUGCGAAAUGGUUAAAGUUAGUUAUAAAUAAAUUACUAUAUUUAAUAAACAAAGGAAGGAAAUAAAACUAGUUAAUUUAAUGUCUCUUUUUCCUGCUUCAUUGCUAUUAUUUCUGUUUCUUAAAAUAAUGAUGCAACUAAUGUACAACAGAAACAAACAAAAACAAGAAGUCUUUAAACUACA